AUGGAUGAGCAUUUAAAUGAAAAUUCCUCUUUAGAACCUCCAUCAAAGAAAGUGAAAUUAUCUUCAUUUCUAUCCGAAUUUAUGGAUAAACUGGAAGAAAAUAACAUAUUGCAACGUAAAAUUCUCCAAACUCUGCAAGAAAACAAUGAAUUACAAUCUAAAAUUCUUAACAAACUAACUGUAAAAAAGGUUUCUUCAAUUGCAAAAGCAGCUGAUUCGUCUGAUUCAUCUGAAGAAAAGAAGAAACCAAAAACCACAAAAAAACCAUCCAAACAAUCCGAUGAUGAAUUGUGUAUAACAUACGAAGGAAGCUCCUCUCAAUCCAUUUUCGUUAGGAAAGAUCUUCUCAAAGGUCCUGUUUUGAAAGCAGCAGUCUCUGGAAAUUUCCUGGAAGAAUCCACAUUCACACUUCCAAGUGAAUCUAUCAAACUCUCAAAUAUUAACAAAUCCAUGAAACAAUUGAAGAAAUUCUUCCACAAUGAAAAACUUGACAAGAUUAAUGAAGAGGUGAAACGUGACAUGAUUAGCUUGGCAGAUUUCCUCGUGUUGCCAGAGCUUAAAUUGGAGCUGUUGAAAAUUCAAAUUAAUGAAAUUCCAAAUCUCAAAUUUGAAACUCCAAAAAAGAGUAACAAGAAGAAGACAUGGAUUCCAUACACUGCAGAUACUGAAAAGAAAAUUAAAAACUUUGCAGAAGUUCAAAGCAAGAUCGAAGAAAUUUGCAGAUCUCUCACAUUUAUUUUAUCAGAAAUUGAAAGUACUGAAAUUCUUCAAGUGUUGGAAAGCUUUAGUGAAUUUUUAAUGAGUGUUGAAGUGUUGCCAGUGAUUAGUGAAUAUGCAUGGAAAUACACAUUCAAAGUGAGACCUGUCAUAUUAUUGGAAGGUUGUACCUCAUUGGAUCAUUUGAAGAGAUAUUUCAUUGAGGAGUGGAUUGAUGACGAAGAUUGUGAAUUGGACAUGGAUAAAAUUAAACUGAUUGUGGAAUCAAUGGAGAAUGUUGAAUUGCAGAACAAAGUUGAAUCCAUUAUCAAUGCUUGUAUUAAGGAGAAUGAUACUGAAGUAUCGAAUGAUGGCAGUGAAAGUGAGGAAUUUGAUUAUGUCAGUGAAUAG